AUGGCUAAUGGGAAAAGGUUUGCUCAAAUUCCCAUGUCUAAGUGCAUGCGAGACAUUUGUAAAGAGGAAGACUAUGCUUUCUUAAACAGCCUGGGGAAACAGGACAAGAGUCCAGAGGACAACACAUUUCAGGAGAGCGAAUGGCAGGACAAGAAAGAGGAAAGGGUUCACCGUCGUCAGGAGCGAGAGCAGCUGGAACGAGAGCAGCAACUUGAGAUAGAGGAACAGCGGAAGAAGAAGCAUGAGAAGUGGAAAAGUCAUGUAGCUGAGCUAGCAGUGCAGCGUGAGGCCAUCCAUGCAAAACUGCACCGACUACGAGAAUUCAGGGACUUUCAGAAGAAAGUUCUGCUGCAGGAUUUGGGUCAGGAUCCUGGUUCAACAGACGAAACAAUCAACCACCUCCUAAUGAGACUGUAACUGUAACUUUAAUAAAAACGACUUACUAUUUCUGUAAGCAAUUUGACAUGUAUAUU